AAUUUAUUGUCUUGGAUUUAUCAAUUAGUAUCGUAAAAAACUGAACAUCUGUUAACAAUUGAUAUAUUUCUAAUGGUUUUAUCUGAAUCCUUCUAACAGUGAUAAAAUGAUAAGAAAAUAAAAUGAAAGAAUUAUCGAAAAAAUAUCACUUUACAUCCGUUGUCUUGUAAAGAUGCUGUUGUGGAGUAUCUUUUUAUCUUUCAUCACCUUGGUAUGGAGCCAUGGAAGGCUUCUGGAACCACCGAGUAGAUCUAGCAUGUGGAGAUUCGGUUUUAAAAAUCCCGUUAAUUACGACGAUGAUUCUCUUUAUUGCGGUGGAAUCUCGGUUCAUUGGAAUAAAAAUGGUGGAAAAUGCGGGAUAUGCGGUGAUCCGUGGAAUCAACCAGAACCUAGAGACAACGAAGACGGAGGAAUUUACGGUAAUAAGAUCAUCGCUAGAACUUACAAAUCUGGACAGGAGAUAGAUACCAAUGUUUAUUUAACUGCCACGCAUCAGGGAUAUUUCGAAUUUAGAAUCUGUCCCCUGAAGACACCCGAUCAAAAGGCGGAUCAGGAGUGUUUAGAUCAAUAUCUUUUAGAGAGAGCCGAUGGUAAAGGAACGAAAUUCCCUAUUCCUCCAGGUGCAAAACCCGAUAAUUAUCCUGUUAAGUUGAAGUUACCCCAAGGACUUACUUGCGAUAGAUGUGUCUUCCAGUGGCACUAUCGUACAGGUAACAGCUGGGGCAUUUGUGAAAAUGGUAAGGGAGCACUGGGUUGUGGUCCUCAGGAAUAUUUCCGUGGAUGCGCCGAUAUCGCCAUUAAAUAAAAGAAAAUUCUUGUAAUUUCUACAUGAUAUUCAGAACUUUUUUUUUCUUUCUUUAAAUUAUCAAUAAAUGCAU